UCCUAUAAAAAGCUAGAAAAUCAAAGACAUAAACACAAAUCAGGUGAAAACGUCAAUCAAGUUAGUUGGAAAACAAAUAACUUUCAUAAUGAAAUUCCUACACUUUGUUAUAAGCUUGUGCUUUAUGUGCAUGUUCAUGAGUGCCUUAACAAAGGCAGCUCCCAUGCCAACUUUACCAGGUGCUCCUCCUACCCCACCCAGUGCCGGUAAUUCAUACACUGGACCACCAACUCUUCCAAAUGUUGGUGGUAGUAACCAAGGUCCUAGUACUAGUACUGUUACUCCACUCUAUGGUGUUUAAGUGGGAAAAGUAUCCUUCGGAUAUUUUAGUUUAUAAAUUAAAUAUAUAGAAAAGCUGAUCCAAAGAUGAUAAUGCCAUUAUCAUAAUAUAAAAAUAAAUAGCAACUAUUGAAAACAAAAGCUGUGUUUCUUAAUGUUAAAAUGUUAAAUCGUAAAGGAAAUACACAUGUAUGUAUAUAAAAUUCCGUAGAUAAAUCGGAGAAUAAAAUUAGAGCUUUGGUA